UUAGACCCCAUAUCGGCUUGUGCUAUGCCGCAAAGGAUUUUUGUACAUAUUUAUUUGUUGGGACGUUGCAUUAUGCGCGUGAAAUACUAGUGCAAGUCGAUUUUUCUAGGGUAACCGGCCCAGGCGGCUAGCUAGCAUCGGCCAUUUUCACAAAAGAUGGCACUCCGGCAGUGUUGUUGUUGUGCCUUUCAUAUGGCCACUAUUUCAGUCCACCGGGGCAAUUUUUCCGCGGUCUAAUUGAAGCUCGAGUGUGUAAAUUUCAAAGGGAGCCUUCCAUUUGUCCGAUAAAUGAGCUUUUCAUCCUUAAGAUACGAGGCGAACAACACGCUCUGGACAAUGGCAGACGCCAUUAAACCUGCGCCGACCCGGUUCGUGGUGCAAUGGGAGGAACAUCCUGCCCAUUUGGCGUCCCGGCUCGGCCACCUGCUCGAAUCGCAGACGCUGGUGGACAUCACCCUCAUGUGCAACACUCACACCCUGCGAGUGCACCGCUGUGUGUUGGCCGCCUGUAGUCCCUAUUUCGAAAAUUUACUCCAGAACAUUGCACAACGGCAACUGUCGCAGCACCCCUUAAUUGUGCUUAAAGACAUGCAGUUCUCCGUUCUUAAGAGUAUGAUCGAGUUCAUGUAUUGUGGAGAAACCAACGUGACAGACGAGGACCUGGGCCCUCUGUUGCAAGCCGCGCGCUUUUUCCAAGUCAAAGGACUCUCAUCGAUGAGCAAAGAGGCUCUUGGCAUCACGAGUAAAACGACGAGACCGAAAGUGAACGGCGACGUCCAGAAGGAGACAGUCAAAGCAGCGCCCUCCAACGCAAACACCAAAGCUGCUUCCAAAGUUACGACACAGCUGGUGACGACGCCGUCGAAACAGCAGCAAAUCGUGGCCGACGAGUUCCGUGAGAGCCCGGGUCUCAAAGCAGCCGACUUGCUGCUUUCCCUGAAUAAACCUGUGGUUGCCGCAGAGCAAAAGCCGAUGAGUGCUGCCAGAGACUCGACACUUCAAUUGGUACCUAAUCAGGUUGGCAACGCCAGUCCGCUUUAUCAGGUCGGACCAAAGAAGAGAGGACGGCCUAUCAAACAGGACAUGGGUCUGAUGUACCAGGAGAAAAUCGCCGCCGACACGGACGUGGCCCUGCGGAAAGAGGCUGAGGCGAGCAAACGCGCUGUCGAGUCUCUGCAGAAGCAGAUGAACGAGGACGCCGAGAAGAAGGCAGCCUCGCCGCAGAAGACAGGCGGACUCGUGAUGAAGUCGACUCUGGUGCGCAUCCCGCCUAACCAGGCGUCUGCGGUGAAGAAGGGCGCGGCCGCAGUGGCCGCGGCCUCCGCCGCCCAGGCGCAGGCUGCGCAGCCCGUCGAGAAGGUUGUCGCCGCCGUGACGACCUCCUCCGCUGCCAGCAGUGCCGCCGCGGCCUCAGACGCCAGCAAAGAAGUGAAGAACGAAAAGCCGGACGAAAGCGACCAAAUUACCCUGCAACUCAACGAAGGCGAGGGCGGCACCGCCAUCAGCAACUACGAAGAGGUGCUGAAGGCUGCCGGCCUGCCCGCCGACAUGCCCAUUCUCAUGGACAGCGGAGACGGCAACUAUGUGCCCAUCAGCGAGGAGGUUCUCAUGAACAUGGUCAACAGCGGUGUCAUCCAGGUUCAAGAAGAAGGCGCCGAAGGGGGUGAAGUGAAGGAGUCUGGCGAGGAGGGCACCACACAGAUGAUCAUGACUGAGGGCGACAUGGGCCAGCAAAUAGUACAAUACAUUGACGACAACGGCGACCUGGUGGAAGGCGUGCUGGCCGUGGUGCAGGAGGGCGAGGAGGGCACCACCGUGGCGGUGACGCCGUCAGGCGAGGUGCUGCAGCUGCAAGCGGGCGAGGACGGUGAGAGUUUCCAGCUGGUCGAGCAGCAGGCCGAGGGCUCGCAGGACCAGGCCGAGGGCGAACUCAUCACGCCAGAGAUGAACGAGGACGACAGUGGCAUCCCUAAUAAGAAAAUGAAGCUUGACGAGUGAACGCGCACCGCCGGCAAGUCGGAUUUUAAUUUUCCCUUUUGGUUUGCGGCCGUUCCGGCGGUUAAUUUAUGAUUCACAUAAGCAUAACUAGAAAAUGAAUAAAUCGGAAUUGAUUGUUUUUUACGCAAAAUAAUGUCUCCGUUGAACAGAUUAGAAUAUUUUUGGACUUUUAAAUGUAUGCCACAAUUCUUAUUUAUACGGUUGAGUUUUUUUCUUCCCCUGUCUCUCCAUGGUUGGGGAAGAGCAACGUCGACGGGCCCACAGGGAAUCUCGCACAGUGAUGCCGAGAUUUGGGCUGACUCGAUUCAUUUUGCCGGGGCGAGAAAACCUAUGUAUAAAGUUUGAAAAUGAAGAAAAACCCUAGACUAUGGUAUGGUUUAGACUUACUGAUAAAUCAACAAAAACAUUUAACUACGAAUAACAAAUCCUUCACGUAAUUAGACCUGUGCGAAUGGCUUCACACACAACAUUUCCUACCGACUCUCGUAUGGUAUCGGGUGUAAUAGGUUUUUUAUUCAUUCAUCGAGCGGAUGUACUUUUUGAGAAGGGAAAAGAAAACUCGGCGACGGCUACGCUGAGCCUUUGUAUUUUUAAGAGACACAACAACACACAUGUCAAGCGCUAAGUAGUUUUAGUUUUUGGAGAGUGAAGCAUUCUUUGACGAAACUAAGAACACACAGAUUCUCAUUCUGUGAAUGGUUGUUACACAUCCCCAGCCGCGUUGUAAAUAAAAUAUUAUGAAUUAUCUCCUUUGAUUUGUGCGUUCGUGUGUUUGAUCAUCAUUACGUUCAAUCGAUUCUUAUCAUAAUUACUACGCAGCGUGAACGAGAGUUGAAAAUCUGUAAAAUUUUGGCAUGACUGCAACUUUUGCCUUGAUAAAUGUGUAAAUGCAUAUCCCCCGCGCCCACCCUCCCGCCCCUCAGGCCGUUUUCUCCAUUUUUUAUCCCCCCGUCAGUCCCUAGCCCCCUGAACAGUUUUAACGACUCUCAUUAGGAUCGCGUGCUGAGCGACCUGCACCACCGGGAAGGUGUGCAAAUCGGUCGUCGCGGCGCAGAAUAAAAAUUUUCCGCCUUUGCAGAAGUGCGUACUGUCUCGGGCCCGCCACCCGACGGCACCAGGUGCGGAAUCGAGGCCGCUGAAAGAAAAAUCAGACUCCUGGCAGCCUGCGGUGGCGGCCGAGGACGCCAUUGAAUUGGACAAAUUUGAAAAUGAAUUGAUAAUUAGAUUUUUUAUCGCAGCAGCAACAACAACUCUGGCGUCCAUAUUUUUUCUUUUUAUAAAAUCCGAAAUUGAAUAACUUGUAUCAGCUGUAAACCAUAAUUUGUGUUAAAUAAACUGUACCAAAAUAGACAAAAAAAGGAA